AUUUCGAAACAUCUAUCAGGCAAUUGCAAUAUUAUCUCCGUGACUCAAAUUUCGACAAUGUCGCCUAAUGUCACCUCUACUGCAGCUACUGUUAUUCUCAACAAUGUUCACAUUAAGCUCAUACAAGAAUAUGACUAUAAUACUUGGACAAUGAUUUUACUCACUAUUUUUGGUGUUUUCUUUGCAAUUCUGUGUGGACUCUGGUGUCUGCUGGCUGCAAGAAAUGUGAAAGAUGAUGAAACAGUUGUGAUCGAUGACAAUUCAAGAUCAAUUGCUGGUUCUGAUUUUUCAGUUGUUGAAGUUGAAAAUGAAGAAGUGAAAGAAGUGGGAGGAUUUGUCAAAUACUUGACUGAUAUUCGCAAGAGUGUGAUCUUCAUCUAGAGAAAAUAAUUCAACAACAGAAGUUACAAUGAAAAUGAAUCUCUAGUUCUUUUGUUGUAUUAUGUCACCAAUUCAAAAAUAAACAUGCGUUACAAUCCCUGA